AAUAUGGCGGAUGAGACGACGACUGUUUGAGUAGCUACACUUUAAUUGCCCCUAAAUUAAUGAACAAGCAAUGCAAAGUAGGGGGCAAUCGAGGAAGUGCAACGCAACAUUUGACCAUUUCAAAUGCGGAACGGGGAGUGGAAACAGUGCCUGACAACUUCGUGCCAAACUGCAAAAGGACUGGGUCGGUGCCUUGGUUUAGUAUCCCAGGUCUGGGUUUUGGAGCCCGGGAUAGAAGGACGCGAAGGCUGGACACGGAAGUUGGAGAAACACUCGGGAACCAAGCCCUGGGUGUUUGCUGAGCUCAAGCAUGUCUCAGGUCGUCACUUAAGAAUCUGUCAAGGUGAUCAUUACUCCGUAUGUGAACUUCUGUGGUGACGAUGUUUGAAGAGCUUCUAGCCAAAUAGCACGAGCGAGCUGUUCCAUCUGUGUACCCAAAAAUCUCGCGCUGCCGACUUGUUAGCUGUAGCAUAAUCGAUAGCCUGAGCAUUCCAAUAAGCAUUAAAGUAUCAGCCCGGUUUCGACCAUUAUAUGUAAUCAAGGACCAUACUGAAAAAUGUCUUUAAAAUGGCAUAGUGCAAUCACAGCUCUUAAAUGACAUGUGUAGUUUAGCAAAGUUAAAAGUGUAGUGUUUUAUACUUGUUGAGCCGAGUUGAUAGUGAACCUAGCUCCUAUGCCAGGCAACCCAAUAAUGCUAACUUCUCCAAAGUUAGCAAACUAGCUUGUGCCUGUGUGUUGCAUGAAUGGGAUUGAACAAUAACACUAACUUUCAGUAUGCAAAUAGUCACACCCAAACUUUUCAGUUUUCUGAAUAUUGCGAUAUUCCGAAACUGUUUGCAAAACUUUCAGAUGUGAAGUGGUGACACGUUGUCGCAAUGCCAACACUAGUAGUGCAACACUUUUUUUAUGUCAUGCCAAAUGUAGAGGAGGCAUAAGGAACUUUCACUAAUCUGCUUCUGCUCCUGGAGGGGAAGUAAUUUAACUGACUGCCACAUUCCGCCAUGUGUUAACUAGCACUGUCAAAGAGCGCGUCGGGCCUUGUACAGUGGACAGGCACCACAGUAUUGUGUUGUCUGCGUGUGUCAGGACUCGCACUUCUUCUCAUCAACUGUUCGUUUACAUGUCUCUGUCAGAUGAUUUGGGAAUAUGCAUCUGUCAGAGAUUGCCUCUGUAAGAAAGUGCCUCAAUAUCCAGCUAUCACUUAAAUGCCUAGUCUUAUGCAAUGAGUGCCUCAAUCAUGCACAGUGGCUCCCAACACUAAAGGAAAUUUUUUGGCCUGUCGUUUUUAUUUUUAAUCUGUUGAAUGGGACAAUUUAUGGAAGUUUUUAAAGCUAUAAAGUCUUAAUACUGUAUGCCCUUACCCUGCAAUACCUGGACUACACUACACUACACUACACAGCACUACAAAGUGAAAGUGCCUGGAUGCGGUGCACUGUUGGUAUCCUAGACUUACACACCUGCCUCGGAUGACUGGACAACUCCUGCACAGCCCAUGCAUGAGGCAGGGAACGGGCUGCCACAGAUCCCUGGUUGCAGACUAGACCAGCACCCUCUCAGCCACUCUGACACCUGUGUCCGGAAGCUCGCCGUCAGGAUGCCAGCCUGCUAGCCCGUCCCACCUCACCCUCCAAUCCACAUUCCUGGCCCGUGCCGUUGCCCGCCUGACUUGCUGCUGUCCACCCUCAACCUCUCCCGUGCAUGGACUGAGGAACCAGUUCUUCCUGCUCUCCCUCCUCCCUGCACCCCUGUCCCCUUUUCCUCUCCUCUCUCUUCCUUCUUCCCCUGUCCCUCCUGUCCCCUCACUGUCUUGACCCUGUGGACCUGUCCCCUCUCCUGGUCCCUGUCGACCUGACCGUGCUGACCCAGUGUCCAGCCCCUCUGGCUACUUCCUCUGCUGUCUCUACUUCCCCUCUCCUUCCUGUCCCCCGUCUCCUCACCCAGGGCCCCUGUGGCUAAUCUGUGGGCCGGCCUGUUCCUUGGCCCUUCUCCCCUUCCUGUCCACCCGCCUUGCCCUGCCCUGCCCGUGCCUGGCCCCUGUGGCUGUCUUCCCCGCGGGCCUCUCUCUACUUCCCCUUUCCUUCCUGUCCCCCAGCCUCCCGGCCAAGUGCUCGGCCCUUGUGGCUGCUCCCCCAGUUGUCCCCGUCCCCUGUCUCGUUUACCCGGUGGCCGGCCCCGGUGGCCGCCGGCCUGGCUAGGGGGCCCCCAUGGGGCAGCAGCCGGGUAAGCUGGGGGGCGACACCAGGAGGCCCAGUCUGCCGGCGCUGCCCUUCAUCAAGACCGGACGCAAGGACGGCUCCUCGCGCCACGGACCACUCACCUGCAACGUCUUCGUCGCUCACGAAGCUCUCCAGAGACCCGACUUCGAGUCGCAGGGUCUGUCGGAGGCGGCGCGGUGGAACUCCAAGGAGAACCUGCUAUCGGGCCCCAGCGAGAAUGACCCCAACCUCUUCGUGGCCCUCUACGACUUCGUAGCCAGCGGAGACAACACCCUCAGCAUAACCAAAGGAGAGAAGCUCCGGGUGCUGGGCUACAACCACAAUGGCGAGUGGUGCGAGGCGCAGACCAAGAACGGCCAGGGCUGGGUGCCCAGCAACUACAUCACGCCGGUCAACAGCCUGGAGAAGCACAGCUGGUACCAUGGGCCCGUGUCGCGCAACGCCGCCGAGUACCUGCUCAGCAGCGGCAUCAACGGCAGCUUCCUGGUGCGCGAGAGCGAGAGCAGCCCGGGACAGAGGUCCAUCUCGCUGCGCUACGAGGGCCGCGUCUACCACUACCGCAUCAACACGGCCUCCGACGGGAAGCUGUAUGUGUCAUCGGACAGCCGCUUCAACACGCUGGCCGAGCUGGUGCACCACCACUCCACGGUGGCGGACGGCCUGAUCACCACACUGCACUACCCGGCGCCCAAGCGCAACAAGCCCACCGUCUACGGCGUCUCGCCCAACUACGACAAGUGGGAGAUGGAGCGCACCGACAUCACCAUGAAGCACAAGCUGGGCGGGGGCCAGUACGGCGAGGUCUACGAGGGGGUGUGGAAGAAGUACAACCUCACUGUGGCUGUCAAGACUCUCAAGGAGGACACUAUGGAGGUGGAAGAGUUUCUAAAGGAGGCUGCGGUGAUGAAGGAGAUCAAGCACCCCAACCUGGUGCAGCUGCUUGGUGUGUGUACGCGGGAGCCGCCCUUCUACAUCAUCACAGAGUUCAUGACGCACGGCAACCUGCUGGACUACCUGCGGGAGUGUAACCGCGAGGAGGUCAACGCUGUGGUAUUGCUGCACAUGGCCACGCAGAUCUCCUCGGCCAUGGAGUACCUGGAGAAGAAGAACUUCAUACACAGGGACUUGGCUGCACGCAACUGCCUGGUGGGGGAGAAUCACCUGGUGAAGGUGGCCGACUUCGGCCUGAGCCGGCUGAUGACGGGGGACACCUACACGGCCCACGCCGGGGCCAAGUUCCCCAUCAAGUGGACCGCGCCCGAGAGCCUCGCCUACAACAAGUUCUCCAUCAAGUCCGACGUCUGGGCGUUUGGCGUGCUGCUGUGGGAGAUUGCCACCUAUGGGAUGUCUCCGUACCCCGGCAUCGACCUGUCACAGGUGUACGAGCUGCUGCAGAAGGAUUACCGCAUGGACCGGCCCGAAGGCUGCCCAGAGAAGGUCUACGAACUCAUGAGGGCCUGCUGGAUGUGGAAUCCUCAGGAGCGGCCGUCCUUCGCCGAGACCCACCAGGCCUUCGAGACCAUGUUCCAGGAGUCCAGCAUCUCAGACGAGGUGGAGAAGGAGCUGGGUAAGAAGGGGAAGAAGGGUCAUCCCCUGAGCCCCAUCCAGCAGGCGCCUGAGCUGCCCACCAAGCUACGCACACUACGCAGGAACGGCAAGGAUGCAGACAGCCCAGAUGCGUUGGAGGCGGAGGUGGCGGUGUCCCCCAUGCUGCCCAGGAAAGAGCGCUCUCAGCUGGACGGAACCCUGGAGGACGAACGCCUGCUGCUCAAGGACAAGGACAAGGAGAAGGAGAAGGACAAGGAGCGUCCUCGCGGUGGCAUCUUGGCCACCCUGAUGAAGAAGAAGCCUCGCCGCGCCCCGGCCCCGCCCAAACGCAGCAGCUCCUUCAACAACGGCCAAUCGCCAUUCAGCUCCUCCCACCACACCUCCCACUCGCACUCGCACUCGCACUCACACCACCCCCUGGACCCCGGCAAGUUCCUGGGCUCCUCCAAUAACAACGGGGGGGGCGGGAGCUUGGCCAACGGCGGGGCCCCCACCUACCCGGGGCCCCUGUUCCCCCCGCACCACUCGCGCAGGAAGGCGGCCGUGGGGCUGCCGGGAUCCAAGAUGUCCUCCGCGGGGACGCCGCCGGGCGAGGACGAGUGCGGCGGCACGCUGGCCCACUUCCUGCGCUCGGCCUCGGCCUCGGACCACGAGAGGAAGUCGGUCACGCUGCCCCGCGACGUCCAGUCGCGCCACUUUGACUCGGGCACCUUCGGCGGCAAGCCGGCGCUGCCGCGCAAACGCGACCGCGACCAGAAAGCGGGCGACGGCACGUCCACCACGCCGCGCAUGGGCACCCUCACGCCCCCGCCGCGCCUGCCCAAGAAGACCGAAGAGUCCAGCGCCACCGCCGAUGACGUGUUCAAGGACGACGGCAGCCCCGCGUCCAGUCCGCAGACGCUGACGCCCAAGACGGGCCGCGGCGGCGGCGGCUCUCACCUCCCGAGCCCCUCGUCGGAGGCCAGCUCCAGGACCAGCGCCCUGCAGGCCGAGCUCCAGAAGCCCCACGUCUACCCUCCGCUGGGGGCCGCCGGGGACGAGUGUCGCGCCCGCCGCAACAAGCACAUCAUCCACCUCUCCUCCACCUCCACCUCCACCUCCACCUCCACGCACCGAGAGCGCAAGUUCACCAAGCCCAAGCCGGCGCCACCCCCACCCCCACCCUCUAGCGUCAAGCCGGGCCGGCUGUCUCGCAGCCCCACGCAUGACCACCACUCUUCGUCCUCCCCCUCCUCCUCCUCCUCCCCCUCCCCGUCGGAGCCCAAGGGCACCUCCCCCUCCCCGGCCGCCUCCCCUUCCGCCUGCACGGAGUUUGGCAAGAGCUUCCUCCCGUCCGACGUGAGCGGGGCCAGGAAGCUCCCUGGCCUCUCCGGCUCCUCCUCCUCCUCUAAGCUUCAAGCCACCAAGACCUCCUCCUCCUCCUCUUCCACCUCCUCAUCCUCCGUGUCGCCGACGGGUGCCACGCCUGGUAGCACGGCCACAGACGGCGCCACCUCCCCUUCCUCCUCCUCCUCCACGGCGCUGCCCUUCUCCCCGGGCGCCUCCUCCACGGCCCUGAUGCGCCGCUCCCUGCGCAAGACGCGGCAGCCGGGCGAGCGGGUCAGCAGCCCGGCGGUGACACGCGACAUGCUGCUGGAGAGCACGGAGCUCCUCAAGGCGGCCAUCGCCGGCCGCAGCGCCGCCACCGAGCAGGGAGGAGGAGGAGGAGGGAGCUCCCCCUCGGGAAGCCACGGGGCCGUCUUGGAGGCCGGCAAGAACCUCAGCAAGUUCUGCGCCUCCUACGUGGAGUCCAUCCAGCAGAUGCGCAACAAGUUUGCCUUCCGCGAGGCCAUCAACAAGCUGGAGAGCAGCCUGCGGCAGCUGCAGAUCUGCCCCAGCAGCACCAACAGCGCUGGCCAGGACUUCAGCAAGCUGCUCUCCUCCGUCAAGGAGAUCAGCGACAUCGUGCAGAGGUAGCCCUGCUCAUGAGCAGAGCAGAGCAGAUCAGUGGUGUGGAGCUGUGUGUGUGUGUUCAAGAGAGUGUGUGUGAGGGAAACAUGAGAUCAGCGACAUGAUGCAAAGGUUGCCCAGCACCAUCUGGUGUACAGCAGUGUGUUUGUGUGUGUGUGCGUGCUUGUAUGUGUGUAGAGAAUGGAGGAGAUCAAAGAGGUCAGUGACAUUGUAACAUUGUGUGCGUGUGUGUGUGCAUGUGUGUGUGUGUGUGU